AUGGCCGCCUACGUCGGCGACAAGAUCACCGAGGCUGACGCCGCGCGCGUGGCCGAGUUCGAGGCGCGGGUCGACCCCAACGACCGCGAGGCGGUGGCGCUGCUGGAUGAAAUGAAGGCGCAGCUGAAGAAGCUGCAAGACAUCAAGCGCAACGAGGACCCCCGGCUGUCAUUCUCAACGCCCGAAUUCAAAGAGGCGCAGCGCGCCUUCACAGACGCUUUCAAGAAGAACUUUGGGAAGCCCGUCGAGUGGGCGCUCGUGAAGGAGUACCCCUGGAGCGCGCCGCAGCUCCGCAAGCUGGAGACGCCCCUUGAUGCCCAGCUGCAGGUCAGGCCGUAA